AUGUCUUCCACUCAAGAUGCCAACGAUGCUCUCGACCUUGUCUCUGACAAGAUUGCCCAGCUGAUCACCCGGUCGGAAAAGUUGAAGCAAGGUGAUGCGGCUGCCAAGUCAUUGGCACAUGAGAUUGCCAUCACUUUGGUUGGUGCAUUCGCCCAAUAUGGGAAUGCUGCGACUUCCUUCACUCCAAGGCUUCUGUCUUGCGCAGCCGAGAUCCGGGACAACAGCGGUCUGAAUGGUAAGCUGAGGGGUCUAACUGACUGGACGCAGAUCUCGGACGAUGACCCUCACAUCUGGGUUCACCCCCAUUUCCACAAGACCGUCAGCUACACCCGCCCAGCUGAGGCGUUGAUGACCCUCUCCCCCAUCCCUUCUCCCACACCCACACCAUCACCACCACCCACCCCUGCCCCUGCCCGCGCCCCCAAACACAAUCUCUUUGUGCUGGGUACAAAACGCAAGGCCUCGACUCCCGAUGCUGAACCUUCGGCACCGGAAGGAGAUGUCAUCGUGGUGGUACGCGCACCAUUGCUGAAGAAGCUCAAGAUGGAGCCGGCGGUCCGGAAGACGGCGACACUACCGCCCUCAGUCAGCGAUGAAGAUUCUGCCGAGGACACGCACCCCAUGCACCUCUUCCCGACCCAAUGCGAGCAGUGCAUCAAGGACGACGUCCCUUGCACUGUGAUGCUGGGCAAGAAGAACGGUGAGGUCCGGAAGUGCUGUCACAACUGCAAUGGCAAGAAGACCAAGUGCGUCCGUCUGUCCGCAGAGCAGCAGCGCCUUCUGUGGGCUGCCGUCGCCCUCAAAGGGGUUAAGGCUGCUGCUGCCGCAGAGAAGAAGGCCCGGAAUGGCACCCCGAAGAACAACACCCCCCCUAUGCAGGUAAAAUACAGAACUUGGUUGAGGGCACCGGUCAGCACACGUGCCACCUCCCGAAUUCGCCAGGCACUCACUGCUGAAGAUGAUGCAGAUGUGGAGGGUGAUGAUGAUCCAGAACAUGUCCCAGCCGUCGUGCUCCCAGCCCAGCCCAGUCCGGUACCAACCCCCACUGUUGACAAUGAUGUCAAUGUUGACUUCGCUCCUCCCAACAAUCCUCCGACCUGCCCAAAUGUCCCUGAAGCCCGGCAGGAUGUCGGCCCCAACCCAUCUGUCACACAGCCGACGGCUCUUGAUAUAUUCAAGAGUGUCGAGGCCCUCAGCCAGAAGUUCGAUGCCUUGCUCAAGACAUCGGACGAUUGUGCAGAGGCCUUCCAUCAGCAGAUGGACUCUUGGGUCACUGCUUUGGACCAAGACUGGGGCAGCAGAUUUGCCCUCAUGGAGAACAGGCUCCGGGAGGUUGAAAUCAAGACCACCGACAACACCAUGUCCAUCGGACAUGUUGCCAACAGCGUCAGGGGUUUGAGAGCCAGACAGCCUCUCGACGCUCCUCCUGAAGGCCACCCCUUUGGCCCGAUACCCCCUGCUUGGCUCGCUCUACCGCUGGGUACCCAUGAGGCCAUCCAAUUGGUGGACCAGGGCAUCUCGGUAGUGGGGAAAGAGUGGACCACCAUUUGGGAUCCAUCCAAAGCCAGUGGAGCACAUGGCCCUGGUACCGCCUCUGCCUCCGCAGUUUUUCCUGCUGGCUCUCCCACUCUGCUGAGCGGUUCUCAUUUGUCCAGCAUCCCUUCCACCCCCGACAAGUCCGAGAAGUAG